UUGUUGGCAUCACCGAAAAAGAGAUAUGAAUGGAUUAAAAGAAAAAUGGCGUCUAUUUACGUUUUAGUGCGAAGUUAAAAUGGCACUGAUACAGCUUGUGGCUUGUUUUUUUUCGAAAAUCGUGAAAGUUUCCGUGUAAUCAUGGUGAGCACUUUUAAUGUAAGUGGUUUUAAGCGAGAAUCCUCUCCAGUUUGUGGAAUAUCCUUCCAUAUGUCAGAUUCAUUGAUAAUUUUUUACUAGUGUGAGCAUAUAUUUUUAAACUGUGAGAUAUUUUUUCUCAUUAUAAUAUUUAAUACCAUUUGUCUUGUAAAUUGUACUUAAUCUAUGUCAUAUACUAAAUUUGAAAAAACAAUCGCGAAAACUAUAAUUUUGCAAUGUAUUUUUCAUAUUAUAAGAGCCAUCACGUGGUAUUUUUUGAACUUUUUUUAUUGUAUUGAAUAGCGUCGCACGCAAGCAUGUAUAUCAUUUGCCUGACGUUAAGCGAACGAGGAGGAUCUUCUAGUAAAUAUGACGUUGGAAUUUCUGGAAGAUGUCCUAUAUAAAGGUCAAACAAGAAGAAUCAAGUACUCAAACGCAAGAAAUAAAAAAUACCCCGAGAAAAGCAAAAUUACGACAAGAUGUUAAGGUCUUCAGAAAAAAUUUGGCUCAAGGAGAACAGAAAUCUACCAGACCCUGAAAGCGUGCAGGGUAUGAUGGAAUUAUCACUUCUGAAACUACGCUCCUUGAAUUAUCCUAACGUUACUUUGUCUAGCCGAACAGAUGGAGGAGUCCAUGCAUUGAAAUCAAGUGCACAUUUUGAUCUGGAAAGAUAUGGUACACAGAUAUAUGAUGCAAACAAUAUUUCAUACCUUAUGAAUAGGUAUUUCUUUGUCAACAACAUAGGUAUAAUUGUGAAGCAGUGCCUCAGGGUGUCAGAUAAUUUUAAUGCAAGGUUCAAUGCCACUUCCAGGAGAUACUUAUAUAGACUAGCAGUACUAAAAAAAGAUGUAGUGAUACCAGAGAAUGUCUCUAUAGCAAAUGUCAUACCUGUGGAAGAAUGGAAACGGUGCCACUUCAUCAGAUUAGCAGAAUUCGACAUAGAAAAAUUCAAAGAGGGAGCUAAACAUUUAGAAGGCUACCACGACUUCUCGACGUUCAAGAAAUUCGACAAACUACUCCAACACAAACACAACCGCAGAGAGUUGAAGAGCGUAACAAUAAGGGCGGGUAAACCCGUUGUGACUGCGCACACGGAGAGCAGGGGGAGUGCAUUCGAUUAUUGGGAUAUCGAAUUCCACGGACGCGCUUUUGUACAUAAUCAGAUUCGGCGUAUGGUAGGCACUCUGAUAUCAGUAGCCAUCGGCAAACUCCAGCCUGACGACGUCAAGGUUAUGCUCCAGAUACCAUCGAAGCACUCGUGGCAUUCUUUCAUACAGAACUGCCCUUCGGACGGUCUAUAUCUUUGCGAAGUGGAAUACGACCCUAAAGACCUGUUUUACGACCCCGAUACUACUGUUGAAAGUGAAACACUCGUUGAAUCAUAAUAUGUGUGCGAGAACUCCUACUGAUCCUUACAGUAGUAACAUUUGAUUGAACUGUUAUAUUAAUCAGUAGAAUAAAACAGAGAGGAUAGUAAAACAACACGCUGUAAUUUAUUUAAUAAAUAAGUGAACCAAUCGAAUCGUUUGAUAAACACGUUUUUAUUUCAAAUCAACAUGAGUUUUGCGGACCAGUUACAGAAGCAAAAAAUGAAGCUAAAAGGAACAGAUACGAUUAUAACAAAUGCCGACGGACAAAGGUAUAUAGAAAGCAAAACCAAUGAGAAAAUAGUCCUCAGCCCCAACGCGUACGGCUUUGUCGUAGACAAUAAACCUGACAAUACGCCCGCGUUGAUCACAGAACAUCUAUACGUAGGGUCGCAGGAUUGCACCGCCGAGAACGUGCUAGUGCAGCACGACAUCAGGCACGUGUUAAGUUUAGGCGUCAAAGUACCACUGAAAAUCGAUUAUAAAUAUAUCGAUUGUCUCGAUUUACCGGAAAUCGAUGUGAGACCUUUACUCGGGAAGAGCCUGCCGUAUCUGCGUGACUGCGUGCUCUUGAAACAGAAUGUUCUUGUGCAUUGUAAUGCGGGUGUGUCUAGGACUUCGACUGUGGCUAUAGGAUAUCUGAUGCAAUAUGAGAAUAUGAGUUUCGACGAAGCGCACAAACUCGUGAAGACGAAAAGACCAGCUGUAAGACCAAACGAUGGGUUUAGGAAGCAAUUGGAGCAACUGAAACCUGGUGAAUUGAUUUAACCAUAGACUUACCCGUGUUAAACAUAUUGGGUGUAUCCAAAGAAUGGCUUAAUUGAUUAGUUUAUAAUGAUUACGCUUUUCCUUCGUUAUUUAAAGUAGUAGAAAAUAUAUUAUGGUUAAACCAGGAGAUAUUUUUGGCGUUACGAGUAUUUUUAAUGUUUUGUAACAUUUCAUAGUUACACUAAACAAAAAAAUCAGAAUAAUUUAGUUCAACUUUAAUUGUGUAGCAAAAUAUAUACAUUAUAUAUGUGUUUAAAUAAAAUAAUAAAAUAAAAUGUGUUUAAAUAAAAAAUAAAAUUUGUUGAUUAAUAUAAUUUUAAAUAAAGUAACAAAUACUUAAAAAUAACCUUGAUUAUUUAGGUUUUUAAAAUUAUCAUUGAAACCUAAAGUUUGACAUAUACAAAAAUAAAAUAAUAAGGUAAGACACAAGCUUGCCUUGUGGUCAAAGAAUUGUAUAUAAUAAAUAAUAGUUUAGUUCAAACGCCAUUGUAUUUAUUGUAUUAAGAUGAGUUUAUAAAAAAUCAAAUAAUCAUCAACAAAAAAUUAGUGCAAUUGAGUUACAGAAAAUAAACAUUGUUAUUCUUAAA